AUUAAUAAUUAAUAAUAUUAAUAUAAAAAUAUUGCCAAAAUGGUGCAUGAGAUGUGUGUACUGCAGGAAAGAAAAUAAGUUAGUUAGUUUCUAGACGUAUUAUUAUUGUAUUAUUAUCAGGUAUUUAUAACUUAUUACUGAUUUCAAAUAGAAUAGAAUGAAAUAGACUAGAAUAAGAUAAUAUCAUAUAAAUAUUGCUGACAUAUGGUGAAGGAUAUGCGUUUUUGGUGACGUUUGUGAAUUAGUUGAACCUUAAAGCUGAAAGUCGGACGUUUCUGGUGAGGCGUCUGUGGUCCCCGGAAGGACGAUGCGUGCGUUGGAAAAGCGUACACAUGGAGGAGUUAGUCCCGUUUGGCUCAUGUGCUAAUAAUUAACAGGUGGCAGCUAUGUAGAGAGGCUUCACCUCCCACGGAGAAACAUUUUGUCAGCUGUUCACGGGAAGACGUGAGGAACGCUCUCGGCCCUUGGACAUGUCUUCCGUGCAGCGUCCUUCCAGAAAUGCCGACUGGGCUCGUCCUCAGAGGUUUUCGGCCGGGCCCAGGCGUCCCUUCAGCACCUGGCCGUCCGAGACGCGGGGGACGCCCGUCUUUGUGUCUUUUGUCCGCAAGGCCGUCUUAUGGGAGAAGGAAGUGUCCUGCCACACCACACGAGUGAAUCCCAAGCGCCCCCCCACCCUGUGUCCUCGCUUCCUGUCCCACAUGAAGGCCCACUGCCAAGGCCUCAGACCUCCAUGCGUCCUGAGCUCCAGGCCCAGGCCGCAGCCUACGUGUGAGGGCAGGAAGCUGACCGCCGUGCCCCCCCGGGCGCCACCAGGACACGUUGGAGUUGGAGUCGACAGAAGAGCCAGCGUUCCGAGUGAAGGAUCCCACCGCUUCCUACCCCGCAUCCGUGCUUCUCCAUCAUCAGCCACCAUCCAUCCGCCUUCCCAUAAAACAUCUCUCCUCCGCUCCUCCACUGCUGGACCGCCACGCAAGGCAGAGAACGUCCACAGCAGUCCUACUCGCUCAGGAAUCCCUGUUUGUGUUCCUGAAGUGGAGGAACCUGCUGGAGUGUCCUCCACAGAAGCAGGAGAACCUCACUGGGAGUUCCAGCUCAGCCCCGCUGGGCGUACGAGCUCCAAGGCCUCGCUCGGGUCCUUGUGGGACUUCAGCCAGCCGUCCUCCAGCCUCUUCAGCCGCAGCACCGACCUCGCUAGCGGCAGGACCAGCGUCCUGUCUGAACAUAGAAGACUUUUAGACCCAUUGGACAGCUACUCCAACCAUGGCCUGUCAUCCGGUCCUCCUGGGUCCACACCUCAGGACCACCAACUUGAAGAACCUUCAGACCUCCUCACUGCUUUGAAUACGCAUGAAGACCACGCACCUGAACGUCUCAGAAGCGAUGGCAUUCCACCACUUCACAGGCCCCCCACCCCAAGAGCAUCCCCGUCUGUCCCCAAUGGUCACCCGGAGUCCCGUCCCCGACCCGUCCUGCCUCCCAUCUCCCCCCUGAAAGGACGCCGUGACUCGUCGGCGUUGCUGGACUCGGCCGAGCUCAGCUGCGGCAGCUCUGCAGCGUUGGAGGAGCUGGACGCCAUCGCCCCCACGUCAGCUUCCUGUUCCUCCCUGGAGCGAGCGUCCGACUGGUCGGGCGGCGCCCGGCCUGGCCGCGAGCCGUUGUCCCCGGGCCUGGCGGCGCUGACCGUGGGAUGCGACUCCGGGAAUCUGGGCUCCUUGUCCCGAGUGCAGCUGCUCCUGCUGGACCGCCCGACCAGUCUGACUGAGGACUUCCUCCCGGACGAGGAGCAUCCCGGUGACGUCAGCGUGACUUGGCCAGGUCCUGCGGGGCCCCUCACAGCGAGGCCCCUCACAGCGGACCGCCCCCCCGAAAGGUGCGACUCAUCAGCCAAGGUUCCAUCAGACCACCAGUCAGACUGGUCUAUAGGAGGAUCCCGGUCUCCUUCAUCCUGGACCCUGCAGCAUCCCUCAGAAGACAGCGACAUCGGUUCCGACGGUGGAAGCGACGUUCCAGGAUGCAGGAACCCGAACGAGAAGGACCGGAGGCUGGAGGAGAGGAAGAGCAAGGUUCUGAAGAUGCUCUACAAACUGCAGGACGACUCAGGGCGGCGCGGCGGCGACGCCAACAUCUGCUCCGACUUUGACAACUUCGACUUUUUGGCAAAGUUCUGCAUCUUCGGUCCGGACAAGCUGGAAGAAUACAAGAAGGCCUUUGAAGCCGAGGACGCCGACCAGGACGGUUACAUCUCCUGCAUCCAAGUCGUGGACGCCCUGAAAAGCAUCGUUCCCGCUGAGCUGCUGUCAGACCAGGAGGAGAUCUACGUCUACAGGAUCCUGGCCUUGGUGGACUUCAGGGUGACAGACGGGCUGGUGGACCUGAGGCUCUUUGCUGUGAUCGCCAGCCUGGCGCAGAAGAUCGCCGCCAUGGAUGACUUCAUGAGGUCCUUGGUCACCACGAUGGACUUUCGCUCGCUGGAAGUACGACUCUUCAAAGUCAAGCAACUCUUCCUCUUCCUGCUGGAGGAGCAGCGAGGCGGUGGGGGAUCCCUGCGGGGCUUCAUCAGCACCGAGCAGCUUCUCCUGGAGCUGAAGGCCGGCGGGAUCCACCUGGACCAGGAGGCCACCAUCGCGCAGAAGCUCCAGAACCUUCCUCCUUUGGACCUGCUGGACUUCCUGGCCUACCUGCCGCUCUUCAUGCUCAUUCACAAGUCUGUGGUGGCCAACCCCCUCCACGACUCUGGACCAGUCUGAGCUCCGUCCAGGUCCUGGUUCUCGUCCUGGUCUUGGAAAGGUAUGGCCAGUUGUACACGGCGCAGGGCCGACAAGGAAGUUGCUGUCUGUGGUGCUGAAAUGUU